UGUAUUUUGCCGUUUGGCGCGCAAACAUCAAUAUUAUAUUCGCAAGCAAUCGCACCGAGAACAAUCCAACGCACAAUUCAAAAUGUCAGACGAAGCAAAACCUGCCAAGGCUAAGAAGCCAGCCAAGCCUGCAGAGCACCCAAAGUACUCUGAUAUGGUCGUAGCAGCCAUCGGCGCCCUAAAGGAACGCAACGGAUCGUCCCGCCAGGCCAUCGAGAAAUACAUCAAGGGCAACUACAAGGUCGGAGACGGCGUUGGUGUCCAUCUUAAGCUGGCGCUCAAGCGCAUGAGCGACAAGGGAAAACUAGUGCACACCAAAGGUGUAGGAGCUUCUGGUUCCUUCAAACUGAACAAGGCUGCUGUUGAGAAACCAAAGAAAGCGAAGAAGCCAGUAGCAAAGAAACCCAAGGCUGCCAAGAAACCCGCCGCCAAGAAGUCCCCGAAGAAAGCUGCAGCAAAGAAGUCCCCCAAGAAGGCAGCGAAAAAGCCUGCUGCUAAGAAACCGGCCGCCAAGAAAGCAGCGAAGAAACCCGCCGCUAAGAAGGCUGCGGCAAAGCCUGCCAAGAAACCGGCCGCCAAGAAAGCAACGAAGAAACCCGCCGUAAAAAAGGCCGCCAAAAAGCCAGCCAAGAAGUAGAGCGGUCCAAAGUCGCUUUAUUACACACACAAACCAAACGGCUCUCUUAGGAGCCAUCCACAUUUAUAAAAGCAAGGCCACAUGCACUCUUAUCUGCAUCUCAUGCUCUCAUUAAAUCACACCUUUCAAGAAAUAGGCCGCCAAAAAGCGAGCCAAGAAGUAGAGGGGUCUAAAGUCAUUUAUUAUACACACACAAAUCAAACGGCACUUAGGAACCAUCCACAUUUAUAAAAGCAAGGCCACAUGCACUCUAUCUGCAUCUCAUGCUCUCAAUAAAUCACAUCUCACAAGAAACCCGCCGCCAAAAAGCCAGCCAAGAAGUAGAGCGGCCUAAAGUCGCUUUAUUACACACACAAACCAAACGGCUCUUUUAGGAACCAUCCACAUUUAUAAAAGCAAGGCCACAUGCACUUUAUCUGUAUCUCGUGUCCUCAAUAAAUCAUAGUAUCAAU